AUGGAUAUGGUGCGGAAUGGUAGACUGGUAGGAUUUGGUUUAGUUUGCUGUCGAUCGAUUAAGGCGUUUGGGAUGUUGUUUUUGUCUGUUCUUAUCAUACCCGAGAUCGACAUCCAAUUUGCGAGCAUCCUGAGGGAGAGUGGGAUUUUCAAGCUGCUAGCAGAAGAAGACCUAACAUUCAAUCAAGAUAGCCCAGAAAUGAGUGCAAAAAAAGACCAAAAAGGAAAGGAACUCUCUCGACCCGGAAUCGAACCAGGGACCUUUCGGUUACAAUUACCCAUUACAGCCGAACGUGAUCAACCAACUACACCAUCGAGAGUUUGCUUUGUUGAAGAAAAUCAGUUAAUAUUCUGUAUAUAUAGCCAGAGAAUUAUGCUGUUUCCAUAUAAAGUCAAGUCCGACUUCAACCCCCACCCUGAAAAGAAGGGUGCAGUCGUUCCAGCACACCCGCUCACCCCGCGGCGCCGCGCUUUCACGAACUCGUCGCGGAAUCUCGCCCACCUCCACUGGACUUCUUCUUCCACCAUGGGUGUCACCGGCCUCUGGACCGUCCUCCAACCCUGUGCUCGCCCCAUCAAGAUCGAAACGUUGAACAAAAAGCGGCUCGCCGUCGACGCAUCCAUCUGGAUCUACCAAUUCCUCAAAGCCGUGCGCGAUAAAGAAGGCAAUGCACUACGGAACAGCCAUAUCGUGGGUUUCUUCCGCCGGAUAUGCAAGCUACUGUUCUUUGGCAUCAAGCCCGUCUUCGUCUUCGAUGGUGGCGCCCCGGCGCUCAAGAGACAGACUAUUACGAACCGCAAGUCGCGGCGCGAAGGCAGGAGGGAAGAUGCCGUGCGCACCGCUGGAAAGCUCUUAGCACUGCAGAUGCAGCGCGCGGCGGAGGAGGAAGAGAAGAAGAGGAAGGAAGCUGCGAGACGGCCCACCCGCGAUGAGCCUGAUGAGGAGAUCCCCGAGGAUGUGGUGUAUGCGGAGGAGAUAUUACAGACGCAGAAAGAGCGGCAGCAGAACCGCAAGUUCAAGAAGAAUGACCAAUACCAUCUUCCGGAUCUCGGUGUCCCGCUUGCGGAAAUGGGCGGGCAGAAUGAUCCCAGGAUCAUGUCGUUGGAAGAGCUGGAGGAAUAUGCAAGACACUUUGAUAGAGGCGAAGAUAUCAAUGUCUACGAUUUCUCGAAAAUUGACUUCGAUAGCGCAUUCUUCGUGAGCCUGCCGGCCUCGGAUCGAUACAAUAUCUUGAACGCGGCAAGGUUGAGGAGUCGCCUGAGGAUGGGAUAUUCGAAGGAUCAGCUAGACACUAUGUUUCCAGAUCGAAUGGCGUUCUCUAAGUUUCAGAUUGAAAGGGUGCGCGAGCGGAAUGAGCUUACACAACGCUUGAUGAACCUCAAUGGGAUGAACGAUGACGCUAUGUGGGGAAUCAAUGGCACGAAUAGAGUUGCUGGAGAGAAGAGCAGAGAAUAUGUGCUUGUCAAGAACGAUGGCGUGGAAGGUGGUUGGGCACUUGGAGUCGUCACGAACAAGGACGAAGGACAGAGUGUCAACAAACCUAUUGAUGUCGAUCGACUCUCGCGUCCAGAUGCCGAGGACGAGGGGUGGGAAGAUGAUGAGGACGACUUCGAAGAUGUUCCUAUUGAGGGCCUGAAUCGAUUACCGAAGCAAAAGCCCAGUUUGACCGCCCAAGAUAAGGAGGGUCGCGAGUUCAUCUCUAAAGAGUUGGCAAAGAGACGCCAGAAAUUGUAUGCGUCUAGGAAAGCCGGGUCCGAGCAGAGCAAGCCGAACAGAGCCAAACCUAUAAAUCAAGACCCAGAUUCGCUGUUUCUUGCAGAAGAGGACGGUGAUGGAGAGUGGGAGAAUGUACCUAUCCAUGGAGUUGACAACCUGCUCGAAGAACCCAAAGAAGACAAGAUUGAUGAGGAGGAGGAGCAGCUCCAACAAGCCAUUGCAUUGUCGCUACAACAAGGGGUGUCUGAGCCUGCGGAAGAACCAGAUGAAGAAGAGGAAGAAGACAUUCUUCAAGAGGUCUUUCAACAAGAAAGAGUUAAAGAAACCAGCCCCUUUUCUUCUGCCAAAGGAUCUGGUCUCGCUAUUGCGAGACUAGCAAAUCAACGAAGCAGCAAGCUGGUACCUGCAGGACCUUUCAACACAAGUGAUAGUGAGGACGAUGACAUGGAUUUGCAAGCAGCGCUAGCACAGUCACGGAAAUCUAAACGACCCACUACCAUGCCUCGUCCUGUACCUGAAUCCCCUGCCGCUCAAACACUACCGAACCCUCAUCCCGCCCGAAGGCCAACAAAUGCACCGGGUUUCGAUGGCCCACUGCCGUUCGAAAAGCUCAACCUCGGUAAUUCUAUCCUUGGAAAGAAGAAAAUAAAGAAGAUCGAGCAAAGCACUUCCGGUGGGUUUGAAAGAGACUUGGGUCAAAAGAAGAAGAAGAAGUCUGCAGAACCUCUCCCACCGUGGUUUACGGGGGAUCGAGAUAUACAGAGAGACCUGGACACGAUGAGAGAAGAGGAGAUGCGGGCUCAAGAACGAGAUCGGGAGACUGACGAAGUGCAUGCGCAGUUUCAGUUCCAGGAAAUCCCGCUCUUGCGCAAGCAGGAUCCUCGUGAUGUCAUUGAUUUAGAAGCUUCGACGCAGGAGAAGCCGAAAGAAGUCCUCACUAUUGAAUCAGAUAGUAAUGAGGAGGAGAUGGAGAUGGAAGAUGUGCUUGAAGGGGAUCCAAAGCUUAGGAUGGGUGAUCACGUGAGCAAGGUACGGAUUGAGCCGCCGCAGCUACUUUCAGAAGGCCAGAGAUCUCCUCCGAAGCAAGGAAUAAUCUUGAAUGAAGUAGCGCCUGCUCAAGAGUCGGACGAAGAACCAAUUGAGUGGUCUGAGAGCGAGCCAGAGUUGGAAAAGCCGUCUCACGUACAGCCAAACCAUACAAAAGAAAUCGAUAAUAUUGUAUCACGGCCUUUCAAAUCAGCAUCUCCCGCACCCGAAGAUGCUCCAAUAGCAUCUAAAGCACCGGCUCGUCCCCAACCCUCCAAAUCACCUUCCCCUGAAUUCGAAGAUGUGCCGAUACAGGCUGAACGCCCCACUCGUCACCCUCGCCGAGAACCUUCUCCAGCCCCCUUAGAAGGACCAGAAGACCUUACUGCCCCAGUCCCUCCUCUAUCAGGCAUUGCUGAUGACAAUGCACCCGACUAUCCCGACAAUGACUCCGACCAAUACUCCGAUCCCGAAGACGCUGAACUCUUCGCCUCCCUCGCUGCCGAAGCCACGGAACACGCACGUUUUGCACAAGAACUCAACAAUAACCAAGCCGCGCCGAUUAGCUUUGACGAAGAAUUAAAACAGCUCCGCUUGCAACAAAAGAAAGAUCGCCGAGACGCCGACGAAGUCACCCAGACCAUGAUAUCCGAAUGCCAACAUCUUCUUACCCUCUUCGGCCUCCCCUACAUCACCGCACCCAUGGAAGCAGAAGCGCAAUGUGCCGAGCUCGUCCGUCUCGGCCUCGUCGACGGCAUCGUAACAGAUGAUUCUGACACCUUCCUCUUCGGCGGUACACGCGUAUAUAAAAACAUGUUCAAUGCAGCUAAAUUCGUGGAAUGCUAUCUCGCCGCCGACCUGACGUCAGAAUUUUCCCUAACUCGCGAGAAACUUAUCGCUAUUGCACAACUCCUAGGCUCAGACUACACCACCGGGAUUCCGGGUAUCGGCCCUGUCACCGCGCUAGAAAUCCUGUCCGAGUUCACAGAUCUGACAGAUUUCAAGGAGUGGUGGACUGGCGUGCAGAAUAACAUCAUCUCCAAAGACGCAGACAAAUCGAGCCAAUUCCGCAGGCGCUUCAGACGCACACAGUCUACGAAACUAUUCCUACCGGCGACAUUCCCAGACCCGCGCGUCGCGGAUGCGUACUUGCAUCCAGACGUCGACGAUGACCCCCAACCAUUUCAGUGGGGUGUCCCCGAUCUUAAUGCCCUAAGGACUUUUUUGAGUGGGCAGAUUGGGUGGAGUUGGGAGCGUACGGAUGAGGUGUUGGUGCCGGUUAUCAGGGAUAUGAAUAGGAGGGAGAAGGAGGGCACGCAGAGUAAUAUCACGCGUUAUUUUGACGGGGCAGUGGGUGCGGGAGCGUUUGCGCCAAGGGUGAGAAAGGAUGCAAUGGGCGGGGAAGGGGAUGGGAGAAGGAAGGGGAAAGGUGCUGCGGGGAAGAGGUUGGGUGCUGCGUUGACGAGGCUUGCGGAGAGGGAGAGAGGGGUUGGUGUUAGAGGGGAUGGGGAGGAGCAUGCUGUGGGUGGUGGGGGUGGAGAAGGGGUUGAUGAGGCGGCGCCGUCGAAUGGUCUUGGGAAACGAAAGAAGCGUAAGGCCGGGAGGAGAGCUAUGCCUGUUCCUGGUGCCGCUCCUGGUGAUAUGGGCUCUGAGGGUGAAGAUGAAGAUGCAGCUGAGGAGGAUGACUUAUAUAACGAACCGAGAAGAAAGGCUCGGAAGACGAAGAAGCGAAAUCCUCACUCAUAG